AUGGUCAGCAAGGCAAAUCUCCAGGGGUUGGCCGUCGCGAACAACAAAGUCUACACCCAUCCUAUCACGAUUGCGAUAUGGGUUGCGCUGUCCUCAGUGUUCAUCCAUCUCAUGAACUGGUGGCCUGCAUCCGUGCACGGCUUUAUGGGGUACCUCAAGCCCAUUCCUGCUUUCGCCUCUACUGCUGUCCCGGUCAUGUUCUUCGUCGACUGGAUUAAUCGUCCGUACUUCGAGUCCCUCACACAGGACGUCCUUCGCUAUACAGACAUGUCAGACAUAUCUGGUUAUUACUCGCGUUCACCUGCGUCGGGUCUCUGGCUGCUCGAGUUUGGGAAUACCUUUGUUGGCCUCAUCGCCAUGGAUGCCCCACCAGCGAAAAAGGUCAAAGACGAGCAGAAGGCACCGCAAACCGCCCUUAUACGACACUUCCAUGUCGAAGAGAGCUUUCGGAAGUCCAACAUCCAAGAUGACCUGCUGGACUACGCUGUCAAACACGCUUUCAACACCGACCCCAAGCUCGAAAGGAUCGAAGCGACAGACUCUCCCCUCAUUCUUUAUCUUCGUCGGCAUUUUGCAGUGGAAUUUGGGCUCCCACUGAAACCAGACCCGAAGAGCAAGUUUACAUCAUCCGCCGGCCAGACAAUUCUCUUUUGCUUGCUGUACCCUCCAUCCAGUUUAUUGCCAACGUCUUCCCAGAGUUCUGUCGAGGUACAUGAUUGGAUGGAACGCGUUCCAGGAUACGAUGACGCAGAUUCCCAAAGUGAGCUGCUUGAGCUCGUCGAGAACGCUCUACAGGAUCCCUCUCGUCCUACGAAUGUCAUCGUGGACUCGAUGGACACCUUGCUCGCCGAUAAAGGAUCUUUGUCUGAGACGUACAAAUGCCUCUCCAAAGUCUACGCGCUUGUUAAAAGGCAUUCUAACGCACGAUUCAUCCUGCAUUCUCAGUCCCCAUCUACGCUUUUGCCCCUCAUCUCCCAAACGUCCUUCUGCUCCUCCCUCGCGCACAUCAUUACCCAUCCAACGGCCCUCCUAACGCACCUCACGACCGAGUUCCUCAUGCCUCCACCUCCACUCUCACCUCUUCCAAAAUUCUGGGGACUCUUCCUGCCUAUGAGCGAACGAGUGCACGACACCGAGCGCCUAAUUUUUGGCUCAAGUGGCGAGGGGAGCGGGAACCCUGCCGAGUUUGUCGUCGAGCUGAUUGUACGAGAAGGCGCUGGGAGGAAGCGGGGUGUCGAGCGCGUUCUGGAAGGGUGGUCAAGUGCUCUAGAUGGGCCUUGUGAACUGUCUGCUUUGGAAGGGUUGAAGCAGUUCGUGAAGAAGCCACAGCAAGAGCAGGUUUCUGGUCCAGAUCCAACGCAGAACCUGUCUUUCAACCUCAACCUAACUAGCUCUCAGCAGGAGUCCAGGUCUCAGGUUCCUUUGCCUUACGCUCACGAGGGAAAACCGAUAACGAUCAACACACCUGGUGCAAUAUUCUAUGAUCCUGAUUCUGCGGACGACAUCGACGACGAUGACCCAGACGAAGACUUGGAUAUAUAA